AUGAGGGAGAAUCAGACAUGGGUCACAGAAUUUGUUCUAUUGGGAUUCCAACUCAGCCCGGAGAUGCAGUUGCUCCUCGUUGGACUCGUCUCACUGUGCUAUGCCUUAACACUUCUGGGAAAUGGGACCAUCCUGGGGCUCAUCUGGCUUGAUUCUCGGCUGCACACCCCCAUGUACUUCUUCCUCUCACACCUGGCCAUUGUGGACUUAGCCUAUGUCUGCAACACGGUACCCCAGAUGCUGUCGACAAGAAAAUCUCUCUCCUUCAUCUCUUGCAUCAUGCAGACCUUUCUAUACAUGGCUCUCGGUCACACUGAGUGCCUCCUCUUGGUCUUAAUGUCCUAUGACCGGUAUGUGGCCAUCUGCCACCCACUACAUUACUCCGUCAUGAUGAGCUGGAGAGUGUGCACUGUCCUGACCGUCUCUUCCUGGGUAUUCGCCUCCCUUCUGUCUCUUGUCCACGUGGUUCUCCUCCUCAGACUGCCCUUCUGUGGACCUCACGAAAUCAACCAGUUCUUCUGUGAGAUCCUGUCUGUCCUCAGGCUGGCCUGUGCUGACACCACACUCAACAAAAUUGUCAUCUUCGCAGCUUGUGUCUUCAUCUUGGUGGGGCCCUUCAGCCUGGUGCUGGUGUCCUACACACGCAUCCUCGUAGCCAUCCUCAGGAUCCAGUCAGGGGAGGGCCGCAGGAAGGCCUUCUCCACCUGCUCCUCCCACCUCUGCGUGGUGGGGCUCUUCUUUGGCAGCGCCAUUGUUGUGUACAUGGCCCCCAAAUCCCGCAACCCUGAGGAGCAGCAGAAGAUCCUUUCUCUGUUUUACAUCCUCUUCAAUCCUACCCUGAAUGCUCUGAUCUACAGCCUAAGGAAUGCUGAGGUAAAGGGAGCCCUGAGGAGAGUGCUGUGGAAACAAAGGCAUGUCUGA